CUGUACUAUGCCGUGUCCACAACAGCGUUGAUUCACUUAGCCGGCUCACUGACAUCACUUCUUCGCUGCUACAACAUGGCGCUAAUGUACACAUGGUCGAUCUUGUCUGCGCCCCUUGGCUAACCCAUCAUUAUUGGUUCACGAACACGAAUCGCAAGUAAGACCAUCUUCACGUUGAGCAGCUUGAUUCCUCAACAAUGAGGGCCAUGUAAGAAGGUUGUAUACUGUGGCUUUCUGGCCGGCGCACGCGAGGCACAUAACCCUAAUCCAUCCUAUCCCCAUCCGAUCGCGCACUCCAGGGAACACGCCUAAUCCUUACGCCUCGCCGGAGUCUGUGUCCAUUGUCCGAGUGCAAUCGGAAGCCACUGCGAGAAUACUGUCGCCGCCAACAUUGAAAUUAAACAUUCCCUUGUGCUACAAUUGGAAACUCGAUCGAUAUGCCACACAGCCAUGUUGAUGAACGUGAAACUCCGGCCUCGAGGCUGCGACGCAUGCUCGCUGAGACGGAUGACUUGAUUGUCUGUCCUGGAGUAUACGACGGUCUGUCGGCGAGGCUUGCUUUAAACGUAGGGUUCGAUGCCCUAUACAUGACAGGAGCAGGAACAACUGCAUCGCGCCUUGGCCAACCAGACCUGGGUAUCGCACAAUUGUACGACAUGAGAGCCAAUGCAGAGAUGAUAGCCAACCUCGAUCGGACCGUGCCUCUAAUCGCGGACAUGGACACUGGAUUCGGCGGACCGACUAUGAUCGAUCGUGCCGUCAAAGAAUAUGCACGAGCAGGUGUCGCAGCCUUCCAUAUCGAGGAUCAGAUACUUCAGAAACGAUGCGGUCAUCUGGCAGGCAAGGAAGUGGUGUCGCGAGAGGAGUACCAGACACGGAUACAGGCCGCGGUGCGGGCGAGGAUGUCUUGUAGCAGUGAUAUCGUCGUGAUUGCGCGAACCGACGCUCUGCAGAAACAUGGGUUCGAUGAAGCUAUUGCACGGUUACGUGAAGCAAGGGAGCUAGGUGCAGAUGUCGCACAGCUAGAAGGAGUAACAAGCGUAGAAAUGGCUCGCGAAGCCGUGAAGCAGCUGCACCCCAUGCCAAUGCUACUCAACAUGGUUGAGAACGGAGCCACGCCCACCAUUCCAACCAGCGAGGCGCAAACUCUCGGGUUCAGAAUCAUGAUCUUCUCGUUCGCUUGCUUGGGCCCCGCUUUCCUGUCGAUUCAGGAGACGCUGCACAGGUUGAAGAGUAAGGGUGUGACUGGGUUGCCGAAGGACUUGAGUCCGAAGAAUAUUUUCGAAGUUUGUGGGUUGGAGGAGCAGAUGGAGAUUGAUGAGUCCGCUGGUGGGUCGAUGGAGAAAGCUUGAAGUCUUGCGGUAACAUAGGCAGGCUGUGACAAGGAUCGAUUGCACAGCGCAAUGAAGAGAACUUUCAGUCACGUCCAUCGUCGACAGAAGCUGGGAUCCCCUGCCACCUCCCAGAGUGUAUGUAGAUGGAGGGCGGCACCUGGCACCUUUGAACGUGGUCUUCUCGCCACCACAGCUCUAGCAGAUAUAUGGACUACGUACCACGUUGUAACGACCGAAGAUCAUCUCCA